ACUAGUUCGUGUAUCAGUAUAUUUUCCUGUAUCGGGAAGUUUCGUAAUAAUGAUUUAGUAAAUAAUUCAGUUUCAAACAUUUAUUGAAAUGGCUGAAAACAGCAGAUAUGUAAUGGGAGGCUUGUUUGUCCUCUUUCUUGCGUUUUCUAUAAGGGAGAUAUUCUCAGGAAAUACUGGAAAUGAUGCAUCUGUUGUGAAAGAAAUUCCAAAGACUAAUUUCAAAAAUGCUUUUACUGGUCCAAUGCUGAAAUUUAUGUAUUGUUAUUCUUGAGGUUAUCGUCGUGUCUUCGAGCAGUAUGCUUCUAUCAUUCAAGAAAAGUAUCCAGAAAUUACUGUUCUCGGAGAUACGUUUCCUCCUCCUCCAUUCCGUAUGCAUCUAGCUAAUAUUAUAGGAUUUGUGAAGUGGUGUAUAAUUGCAAUGGUAUUAGCCAAUUUCAAUCCUUUUGUUGCUCUAGGAAUAAAUACACCUUCCAUCUUCAUGUGGAUGACACAAAAUAAGCUUUAUGCCUGUUUAAUGGUGUUUUUCCUUAGCAACACAAUAGAAGGCCAAUUAAUUUCAACUGGAGCAUUUGAAAUACUAUUUAAUGAUGUACCUGUUUGGUCCAAACUUGAAACUGGUAGAAUACCUUCACCACCUGAGCUUUUCCAAAUAAUUGAAGACAAUUCAUUUUUUAGGGAUGCCAAUCCACGUUCAUUACAGUUAUAGCAUACAUUCAAUGAAAAUUAAUGUUUUGUUGGUUUCUUUGUAUACAACAAACUUCAUUUUUUAGACUUAUAUGAAAUUUCUUGCUUAAAGCAGUAUUUGCAUGCAAGAAAUGGAUGGCACCUGUCAAGAUUAUGGGGUUUGUUGAUUAUCAGAAAAACCAACAGACUUUCAUUUUUAUUAGAGCUAUUGAUGUUUUGUUUCUUUUGUAUGUAUUGUGCUCUAUAAUUGUCAUUUAUUUAUCUGAUCUUUUUGUAAAAGGGUAUUCAAGCUUUGAUUUUUACAUGAAUUUAAAUGUUAAAUUAAAAGAAGCUUAUUUAUAAUAAUUGGUUCAAUAAAGUUUGUUUUUAAAUUUUUA